CAAACAAUAAAGUAGUAAAGUAGCAUAAACAAAAUACAAAAAAAGUAUGAAAUAAGAAAAUAAGAUAUUUCAUUGCAAGGUUUGUGAAACGAAUUGAUAGAAAUUGCGAUAUCAAUUGCUUCUCAGUGCAUUAAAUGUGAAGUCCUUUAUUGCUAAUUUCUAGAAUUUGGAAUCAACAGUUGAUGACUAUUGUAGUUUUUGUCUGUCGAUUUGUAUGUCAGAUAAAAAUGGAUGCUCAAGUAAAGGCAAAGCUAGAGGCUUUAUCAAAAUAUUUGCCAUUCAUCGAUUUUAUUGUCGAGAUUGAUACAACAAAAUAUGCGAAAUUUAUAGAUGUCAAAAAAUGGAUACAAAGCAAAAGAAGAUAUUCUCUAAGUGAUCUAAAUAAAAUCGAGCAGUCGAUUAUAACGCAAUACAAAAACUUUAUGGUUUUAGAUGAAAAGAAAAUUCCUCAGGAAAUCGUUAAAAUAUUCUGUGAUGAUGUACAAAAUCAAUGUGUCAAUCUAUGCUCCGACGACGAGGCAGAAGAUAAUGCCACCAGUUCAUCCAAAGACACAACGAUCAAAACUGGGGAUCAGGAAUCUCUGAAGACAGGUGGGGUAAAUGAAAAUAAUCGAGUUUUUAAAGAACGAGACACUGUAAUGAGCAAGGAUAAUAUAGAUAGCAGUCGCGACACACUGAAUAACAUAUCCGUGGAUUUAUUGAGAAGAAUUGAACAGGUUUCAAGUAAAAAUGAUAAAACAAAUGAUACCCCACAAAACUCACACAGCCCUAACAACAAAAAUAUUCAAGUUUCUAACAAAACUAUUAGUCCUAAGAAGGCAAGGAAUGAGAAAAGGCGAUUAUCCUACAAUCCAAUAGUGAUUGAUACCAUAUCUUUGGAUUCUGAUGAUGAAGAAUCCGGAGCGAUUAUAGCAAACAAAACCAAAGAUCAAAAUAAUAAGAACACACAUGGAAGCAUUGCUUUGACAACAGACCAAAGACGAAGUGCAAAUUUAGCUUCCCGUCUUAAUAUAGUAAGCAAUGAUCAACGGAUUAAACAGCAAAAAAUAUCACCAAAUAAUAAUCAGAAUACAAAAUCAGCAGAGAAAACUUUAAAUGCCCAUAAUAAACGUAAAAAAUCAAAUGAAUGGCAAGAAACUGAAAAUUCUACACCCAAUGAUGAUGGCAGCAAACGCCAGAGGUUUUCUGAAAAUUCUGCAUUCAGAGCAAAGAAUGAUGAUAUUCGUUCAAUACUCUUAACAACAUUGCAACCCUAUGAAGGCAAAAUAGCUUCCAUGUGGGAGUCACAUAAGAAACCACAGGAAACCCCAAAAACUGAUCUUCGUCCAACACAAACUCAAAAUGGGCAAAAUAAUACCAACACUGCCUCCUCUGGUGUAACAAAUGAUAAGGCAUGUAACAACAAUAACGGCAUGGAAGAUGGAAGAACAUCAACUCCAUGUUGUAUUAUAAACGAAAAGAACAAUGAAAGCCUGGAAGAGGGAAGCACUUCAAAUCUAUCCACCGAAGUGCAAACUUCGCCCAACCAGUUUUCUACAGAGUUCUCAUUAAGAAUGGAGAAAGCCAAAUCUGAUAGUUAUAAUCAAGAUGACGAGCAAACAGAAAUUCAAAUGCCCAAGCGUUUAACUAAGAGACGUUCAAGUGUCCAUGCUCGUGCUAUCAUAGCUAAGAUGUUAUGUAGUCAAUCAUCAACAGAACAAAACGAAAACCGUUUAGCUAGUGAAGAAUUUAGAGUUGAGUCACAAGAUUCCCUAGUUAGCAGUGAUUUCGCAGAAGAAAUGGAGCAAAACAGAAAUGCCACCAGCAUUGGUAAUGAAACAACUAAAAAAAACCCGCAGGUAGAAAAUCCAGAACUGGGUAUUGGGCCACAAGAAUUAAUAAAUGAAUCGGGGGAUUCAUCCCAUAUUGAGCAUAAUGCGAAAUUUCAAACAAAGACAGACAAAUUUAGUCGUGCAAUGAAGGAGUUGGAAAUUUCCUUUAAAGGCUAUGAUCAACAAGAAAUUCUGAUGCCGAAGAGUAUAGCUAAGAGGCGUUCAAGUGUCCAUGCUCGUGUCGUCAUAGCUGAGAUGUUAUGUAGUCAACCACGGCCAGAAUCAAACGACAGACAAACAUCAAGUGGAACAUCUUCUACCACAAACGUUGAACAAUUUAAACCUCAGACACCCCAAGAUUCUCUGGAUGGCAGCGAUUUUGAAUAUGACCCCGCACAAGAACUUGAAGGAAACAACUCUAACGCAAAUCAAAAGACGGAGGUAAAAAGUACAUCCUAUUUAUGGGAUGCAUCUAAAUCUACAAAUAAUGCAAAUAAAAGAACGAAAAUAGAUAAGUUCACUCGUAUGAUGAAGGAGUUGGAAAUUUCCUUUAAAGGCUAUGAGCAACAAGAAAUUCUGAUGCCUCCCGCUAUAAGUAAGAGACGUUCAAGUGUCCAUGCACGCACUGUUAUAGCUGAGAUGUUAUGCAGCCAAGAAUCAGCUGACCGAAACUUGGACAACAAGCGGCAAUCGAGCAAGCAAGCUCGUAACGCCAUAUCUGAACAAUUGAAAACUCAAAUAGAAGACUCACUUGAUGGCAGCGUUUUUAGUUCUGAUCCUUCAACCCCUCUAUCCUUUAGUCUCAACUCUGAGCAAGAGAAUUCUAUGGAUAGCUUAAAUGUAAAUUAUUCAGAGCUAACCAACAAUCAAUUGUCUUCUCGGCCUUCAAACACUUAUACUUCAAACUUCACCAGUCAUGGUGAUUCUGAUUCGGAAUCCGAUUCAUAUGAUUUUGAAAAGUUUCGUUUGGCCAAAAUGAAGAAACGAAUUAUUGAAAAUCAGCCUCAGGUUGUGCUAGUACGCCUAACCGAAGACGAAAUAAGGAAACUUUCAAAACCUGUUGACAUUUUAAAUGUUCAUUUAGUUAAAUCCGAGAUUUUACCCCACACCGCCGUUGAAAGUAUGAGUAGAACAAAAUCCGUUGACUGCAGAAAGCUCCGACACAAAACACCCAAUAAUGAUCCCACAAUGACAUGCAACAACACCACUUUUUGUGCUCUGUGCACUUCCAGGCCAUCGGAUUUAACCAAUCACUAUGUGCGCAUGCACAAAUCUGAAUCCUAUGUAUCAAGAUUAAGUAGCUCCCGUUUGGAUGAGCUUGCUGCCAAUAUACCAUUUGCCAAAGAAGUAGCAACUAUGGAGGGUAGAGGUGGCAAGCCCAGAUUCGUUCGUUACGCUGUCACUUGCCCAUUCUGUGAGGAUGAAUUGGUGGAACCUUUCAUGAAUCUCUAUAAUCACUAUGCCAGCCAUACCGGUGAAUAUGCCUUUCAGUGUUCGGGUUGCAAGUUGGCAAAACCCUAUAAGGCCGACAUACAAUCUCAUCAACUUAAUGCCAGAACAUGUCGUAAUUCCAAACUGCAAGUCAUGUACUGCUAUUCUCCCAAGACAAUGACAAUUCAUUUGCACUACUGCAUCAUUUGCAAUUUUGCCCAACUGAAUGAGGCAAAUAUAAUAAAGCAUUUAAGGGAGCAUCAUGACCAGCGACAAGCCACCGUAAGUAAUGUGGGAAAAUGCAUUUUGGCAGCAAUUAGUGAUGGACAAGAGGAGCGAAGCGGCUCUGUGUGCAGUGUGCAAGAUAAAAAUGAGGAAAUUGCUUGCAAUACGAAAAAUACAGAGACCGAAUUAUGUCCCCCCUUAGUUGAAGAUGAUGAUAUACCGGUGCGUAAUGAGGCUUGUAUGGAUGAAAGCUUUGAUUCCAAGCCCAUGCAUGAGGAGGCAACUGCCAUAGUGCCAAAGACCAAUACAAAAUGUGCCAUAACACCUCCCCGGCCUCGGCCUACUGCCAUUGAAAUUUGUGAUAAUCUUUUGAUAACACCGCCCAGACCUUCCUUACAAAGGCUUCAAACCAAUAACCCCCUCUGGUCCACCAGAUCUACCUAUCGUCUAUAUCCGGAAAAUGUUCGUUAUUUGGGACUAUACAAAUGCAUGGUUGAAGAUUGUUAUUACUCCAGCGAUGCCCCCAAUGAAAUGCUCCACCAUUUAGAAAGCCAUGGCAAAGAAAUUGUGGCAAAUGAAUAUUUGCAAUGUGCCUAUUGUAUGGUGACGGAGGCAUCAAUUAACUCUCCCCAACAAUUGAUCGAUCAUGUAAAACAGCAUCAUCAACAUAUGAUUUAUCAAUGUUCUGCGUGUGCUUACCGCAGCUGCGAAGCUUCCAAUGUCAUCAUCCAUCAAAAGGAGUGUCAUUCCACCGCUGUUGAAAGCUCUAUCGCAGGCAAAGUAUUCAAGUGUCCCGGUACGGAGAGACCAUCAAAGGCUGGUUAUUUAAAAGAGAAAAUUUCGCAAAAUGUUCAGAAAAUGCCAUGUCCAUAUUGUAGCAUCAAAUCAUUUUAUCAUACUUAUCUUUUGGAACAACAUGUCCUUGCUGAUCAUAAACCGCAUGUUAUGCCUUCAAAAGCCUCCAAAAAAUAUUCCUGUAUAUACUGCACCCUGAUGGAUAGCGACCAGGGUGUGAUUAGAAAACAUGUGGCUCUUAAGCAUCCCGAGGAAAUGCCCUAUUUUUGUAGUCACAAUAAUCCUGUGGCCGUAAAUCAGGAUUUGCAUCAAAAUUUACAAUCGUUGGCUUUGACACAGCCAGUAUCAUGCAUUGAGGUUGAGGCUACGUUGGAUUCCACUGCUAAAACACCAGAUGACAACGAGUUGGUUAAUCAAGAAGUUAAACCCCAUACAGAGGAGCUAAUCAAAUGUCAGGAAGAAACCAUCAGGAUUCGUUUACAAAAAUUUACCGAUAUAACGGGAGUGGCGCCAGAUAAUUUAUAUCGGUGUCCUGAACCAUCAUGUGGAGGUUUCUUUUCCAUUUACGAUCUGUGGUUGCGCCAUAUGCGAACUAAACAUCUUUGUAUGCAAUGUCAGUGUCCCCACUGUCCUCAGGGGAAAACGUUUUCUCUAACUGACUACAAAUUGCACUUUGAAGAGCAUCGCCGACACACAUUCAUUUGUUUUCAUUGUCCCGCAACCUUUCGCUAUCACCAAGAAGCUGUUGAUCAUGCUGCUAGGGGAGCCCAUGUGGUUCCAAUGCGUCUGGAACGAAUACGAUUUAAUAUUAGUUACUCCUAUUUUGUAAUCAUAAAGAAGGACACGUUGGCCGAACGUUCGGAAUUUAUUCCCGAAUUUUUGAAUGCUCUAAAUAAUCGCCUUAAGGAAUUGCAUUCGAAGGAGAUGGCUAAUUUCAAACGGCUUUGGCCCAUCACCAUUCAGACUUCCCCUUGGCUGGAAGACUAUGAAAAGAUAAUAACACGAAAAUUAAAAAAGAAAUGUUUCAAUAGCAAUUGCAGCUUCCGUGCCACUGAAAAUGAGGAUAUUUACAGACAUGUACGAGAAAAUCAUAAUGUGAGUGGCACCUCGUUCAGCUGUAGCCAUUGUGACUUUCAUCUGGCCCCUUGCCGUCAAUGGGACGAUGUUCUCAAUCAUGUUGAACAACAUUCAAAUUAUGGACUUUUCAUUUGCCUUUCGUGCGUCAGCAUACACCAUACCCGCUCAAAAUUAAGCAAUCACAUAAGAAGUGACCACGCGGCCCGCGAUGUUGCCGUCAUAAAUUUGAUCAAAAAGAAAAAGCAUACCCACGUGGGUCUGUCAGUGGUUCUGGCCAACGAAUGUUUAUCCUUCUCCACCAUGCGCAAUUGUUUCUGCUGUGAGGAGCGUGGCAUGAAGGGUGAUGCCUUCAUUGCUCACUUGAAAAGAUAUCAUAAGUUUGUGCUCACCUAUUAUUGCGAUUGGUGCAAUUUGCCCAUAGAAUCCUUGCAUUUGGCAAAUGAGCAUUACAAAAAAAUCCAUACCAGAAAUAAGCUCAAGCUACGUGUUGAACUCUCCUCCAAACAUGAUAUAACAAUAUCUUCAAUAAAUGAUUUGCAAGUGUAUCUUGUUGGUGAACAGGAGCAGCCAAGAGUAAAAACGGAAGUAGACCCUACCAAUGAUGAUAGCAUUAUAAUUUUGGAUGAUGACGAUGUGGUUGCCGAACAUGAAGUUAGAGACCGAGAGCAAGAAGAAAAUAAGGCAAAAAAACCAACACUGAAGUGUAUUGCCAUGAACAAUCUAUUAAAACCUGGUCUUUCAACUGAAAACCCUUUGCUGGUCAAAAAUGGCGAUCAAAAUCGGCAAAACAAUGCCAAAAAACCGCAAUUGAAUUGUAUUGCAAUGACUAAACUACUGAAGCCUUCAUCAUCAUCUGAUGAGUCCAAUAGUCAAAAUGUAUUGCCACAUGUUAGAGUUGUACCCUUGCCCAAAAAUGUCAUACAACGUCCCCUAAGCUUUGGAUCAAUUCCUCUGGAAAAUGGCCAAAAUUCACAACAAAAAGUGGUAGCAAUAAAUAUUUUGCCUCCAGCGAAGAAAACUCACCGGGCUGUUCAAUUGCCAAUUGUCGUAAAUGGUGUCUCCUCUACGGCAAAUGUGGCUGUGCCGUUUACACCAACAUCGAAACAUUGUGCACAAACUUCAUCACCAACUCCAGGCCAUCUAGCACAAAAUACCAAUGCACAUACAAACUCCUCAUCUAUGCACAGAACUAAGAAUUCAGCACCAAACAUUGCUGGUCAACAAUCAAGGCACAGUCCCGCCAAUUCUUCUGGAUCCCAUAAACAUUCCAACACUUUUAAUCAGCACACAUAUGCGGCUAAUGAAAACAAUGUAUCUAGUGGAGUGCCUAAGGAUGCUGCAACAUCAAAUAACAGCCAAAUUCCUGGCACUCCAACCAUGAACGGACAAAUUGGCCAUGCACAAGCACCAAGUACAUUACAUACGCCUGUAAAUGGUGCAAUUAUACAGAAUAUUCAAAUUCUGGGCGCCACCUCAAUAUAUAAUUCGCCAAUUGCUACUGCUCCAACAUCGAGUGUAAGUCAUUAUCAAAACCCAAAUCUUUCCCAAUACCCCAAUCAAUCUGCUGCCAUGAACCAUCAGCCGCACUAUCCAGCCACAUCAUCAUAUGGAUCACAAAAUCCUUCAAAUACACCAUACACACUGCCUAUAACCACUGUGGCAAAUUAUCCUUCCCAAUAUUCUCAAGCUCCAGCAUAUCGAUAUGGCAAUUAUCGGAGUCUGCCACAGUACAGUACAUCGGCUCCACCCUAUCAAAUGGCCAAUACUGCACAACAACAAAUACCUACCGCUUUACCGGCAAAAUAUGUUCAAAAUCAUUUGGGACCAUCAACCACCAUUUCUGGCACGUCAAAUAAUACCUACAAUACUGUAGCGUAUUCCUCCUCAAUAGGGCCGACCAGAAGAUAUCAAAUGCCACCAACCACAAACACUUCUACAAAUGCCAAUGGCAUUUACACGUAUUAUCCACACUCGAUUGAAGCCGUUUCGACACAUUCGUACCAACAACAGAUUCAGACCCCAUCCGUCUGGCCCACAGAUUCAUAUAAUACGAAUGCAACGGCUUAUGAUAACCAUUCCCACCAAAACUCCGCCUUAGCACCUGUACAAAAUACAAAUUAUUCACCUUAUAACACAGCAAGAACUCUAAUCGAAUCACAUAUUAGCAACCACCCACAUAUAUCUCAAAAUGGCUGGCCAAAGGAAUCAACGCUAACCAAUGAAUAUACAACCGGCUACAACAACAACGGAAAUAAUAUGCAAGCAAGGCUACAUGCUCCAUUAUCAACACCUCAAGAAUACCCUGCCACAUGCGUGAAUGUAACGAAUAACCAGACUCGUCGACAAGCGCAACAAGAAAACGCAAAUGGAAUGCCAAUUUCUUCCGAGUCUCCAUCUUGCAUACAGACAAUAAGCACACAACAAACUGCCAAUCAUAGAUCGUGGACUGGGCAAUCGACUACUGCUACGCAUGCACGCAGUUCAUACCCUGAAGGUAGCAAUGUUUCAGUAAGACCUAUUGCCACUGUGACAGCUACACCUAAACUAUCAGAUACCUAAAGAGUCUAAUUUGAAUACAGGGUUUGAAAAGUCUCGGGCCUGACAAUUUUUUUUUAUUUCAUUAAGUUUCAUAUUUUCCUAACAAAAUUUCUUCCUGGAGAAGAUUUUUUGAAGUAGUUGUUGCAUCGCAAGCAUUUAAUCAAAAACAAACAAGAAUGAAAAGAAAAAUAAUGUUUGUAUCCACCAUGGAUACUUCAAUUUCUGUUA